UCAACUCACAACAGCAGGAUUGAACAGUCCUGGGUUGAAGUCGGCACCCAAUUUGCUCACAUGUGGCAUGCAUUUUUCUAUCAACUUGAGAGGCUUCAUGACCUAGAUGUGUCCAAUGCUCAGCAUCUUUGGCUAUUACACGAGCUUUUCCUUGAGGAAAUUGAGUCUGACUGUCGCUCAUUUCAAGCUGAAUGGAAUGCACACUCUAUCUCAGGAGAGGGACAUGAUCAGAGCCCAAAUGAUAUGAGGCUUAUGGGCCAGCUUGAACAUGGGCUAUAUGCCGAUGAUUGUGAAGGAAUCCAUCCUGACAUCAUCAGACAGUACUAUGGAACUGCAGGCAAGCCUAUAUAUCAUGCACCCCAUCAGACUGGAGCAGGUCACCCCUCAGAUGAGGAGUGGGAAGACAUUGGUGAUUUUGAGGACCCAGGUGUCAAAACAGAAGAUCUACAAGAGCUUCCCCAGCUCAUUGCUGCUGAUCAUGAUGCUCAUUUCCACCAUAAGCCUGUUCGUGUUCCAAAGCAUGCCAGUCCAUUCAAAUCUGCUACUCUUCACAACACCUUUCAUCAAGCUUUUACUCAAGUACGAGAGGCAGGACACAUCCCAAAAGGAUUUGGUGUUCUUCCACAUGAAUAG